AUGCUUUCUCCUAGCUUUAUAGCAUUAGCACUUUACCUUAAGACAGCUGCGGCUCGGGUUUUAAGAACACCGAUUGAAGCAUCUCCGCUUGCAACAAAGGCACCCUCGCGUCGAGACGAAAGCGCAGCAAUUCCAACGUUCACAUUCGGCCCUGAGAGUGUGUACUUCCCAGCCGCGCCUUCAGGCACAGAGAUACAGGUGUAUCCUACCGGGGUUCAUGAUACGAUACCACCUGAUGGGAUCACUAUCGCCUUCGGCCCUGAGAUACGCCAAAAAGUUGAGGAUGUACGAGCGCAGAGUUGCAACGACGGACAAUCGGAGGGUUGUCGCAAGGCACUCAAUGAUGUACUGCAGAAGACCGAGGUAUCUACUCAUGUCAAGCGUUUCAUUCCACUUGCCGCUUGGGCUUUCGGGGUUGCCCUGGCAGUUAUCAUCACCGAGGCAGUUUACAUAUACAACCAUGGACUAGGGAAGGAGAUGAAAUUCCGCCCAGAAGACCUCCGCCAGAUCCACGCGAUGGCAGGCGCUCAAGAGAUUGCCAUCGUGACCGCCUCAGACGCGACCGCUGUACCAACUACUUUGACAUACCAACCACCUGCGACAAGUACAGCGACUAGCGUUAUCAGCAUCGAAACACUUACUGCAGCGAGUGACGGUCACGAACCAGGAGACAUUGUCUAUCAUAUUCCUGAAAGAAUGGCUGAGCGCAUCCAGGACUUCUUGGGCAUGACAGGUCUCCAGGAAACACAGCAGAUCUGUCAAGGACAAAACUUGAAGCGCGCUGACCCCACUGAGGAGUGUGUACGGAACAUCUUACGCCAUGCCGCGGAUCUUGCUGACACAGGUCCGGAAAACCUUAUGGCCUUGGCGCAGGCAAACAAUCCGGUUGAACCCGUCGCAGGUCAAUUCAUCGGUUUCCCAAUCCCCAGUUUCUCCAUAGGCGAAUCUGUGGCUUUCAUUCAACUCUAUCGUCAAGUUUUCAGUGCUACUGCACCAGUCCCUCAGGCGGAUCAAAACUGGGAUCCAUCUGUUCUUACCAAGAGUGCACUCGGUCUUACCAUAGCUGCACAUGCAGCCAUGUUUGCUGGUCAAACAUUAGCUGAACUAAUCGUUAGUAAGAACGAUAUAAUCAACGACCUCAAAGAGGAGGACUUAGCAUGUGCCAAGGAUCUCAUUUGCACACUGAAUAAUUGUCAAGGGCAGAAAGAGUUGACUCACCCAAUAACAGGGGUAGUGAGCGCAAAAGUACCUCUGACGCCGACAUGCCUCACACCCAAGAACCUCGGAUGUAGAUGCGGAAUCGUUAACUAUCCGUACGUCUACGAUGUGCCACAAGGAUAUAUGGAUGCGCAGUAUGAAUGGCUGGAAGAACUUAUGAAGUUAGCCGAUACUCCAAUACCAGAGCCAGACUGCAAAGACGACGUCCAACGGUUCAAAAACCCUAAGGCGGCUUUGGAAGGAUGGAUCGAGAAGGCGUGUGCGGAGCACAGCAACCAGCUCAGUGAGGGAUGGGUGUAUAAUUACUACGACACUCCUGGAUUCGUUGGUUCGAUCAGAUGGGGAAGGUAUCCAGGUGGACUUCCUGACUGCUCAUUCGAUUGCAAGACCGUGUUCACGACAUUUCUGGAUUCUGAAUGUGUGAAGGACGAAGGGUUCUCAAGCACUGGUGAGAUCAAAACUGAAUGUGGAACUGCAUUAUUAUAUGCGAGGUGGUCGGCAUGA